ACUAUCGCGGAGUUUAGUUUUAAUCAACCAACGAUUUCACCUCUCGCCGAUGACCCGCCUGUCUUAGGCCAAAUUUUCCAGCUUGUUAUCUCCCUAGAUGAUUGGGUCUUAUGGACGGUGUACUUUAUCAAAACAAAAAAUCAUAUUCCGGAGAUGAUAUGUCAUCAGAGCCUUGCAAAAGUCUAUGUUUAAGUUCUCGUCCCGAAAAUGGCAGUUUAUUGGUCCCAGUGGGACAAAAGUCGAUUGACAUUCAACAUUUGGGGGAUAUUUCUUCUGAAGAGUAUGAAAGGCUUGUUCUUUCUCCGCCCCCCGUGCCUCUGAAUCUCGAGGCUGCUAGUGCUGCUAUCUAUGAAGCAGCCUGUCGUUCGCACUCUAGGACACAGUCAAUUAGUGACAGCACGCCUUCCUUGAAGAUAAUUAAACAUGAGGGAUACACUGAUUCACAUAGUAACUGUAGUGCAAGAUCUUCAGCCCAUGAGAUUUCCAAGCAAGGGCCAAAAGAAGUUUUGCCUUGUCAUACUGAUACAAAGCCUCAGAACAAAUGGCGACGUUUUCUGUGUUGUUUUCCUGAUAAAGCUUGUCGUCCACUACCGUCGAAACGAAAGGAUUCCUCUUCUGUUAAAGGAACAUUGUCCACAAAGUCUCCAUCUCCUAGUGACGGUAAAUCUAACUCCAAUGAAUUAAAUGAUCUUGUAAAUAAAAAGUCAACCAAACCGGCAAAAUCUGGAAGCAAAAAACGCUCCAAAAAAUUGAAGGGUUUGUCAGUUGACGACACAGCCGGAUGUAAAGCUGAUCAAUUAGCGCCCCCGUCAUCUACCGAAGAAGUACUCAUACCUACUGUAUCAAUUUUCCAACCUGUUCUCCCCAGUACGGUGUUGAAUGCUUUAGGAUCAAAAUGUGAUAGCUCUAUCCAUUCGGCUUCAGUAUCAAAUGGUUACAGUUUCAGCGAUCCUGAUGUUCGUGUAGAGUCACCAGUCUUGCGGUCGACUGUCGAAAUGAAUGUCAACACAUCUAAGUCGCACUAUCCUUUUCAAUUCGCAGCCUUAAAACGUAACACAACUAAUGAUGCAUACGGCAUAAACCUUACUGAUAACACUGAAUGUCAGAGUCCUACUACACAGGUAGAAAAUACUAAUGGUUUUGAGUCUGCACAUCACGUGAUUCACCAACAGUUACAGCCUUUGCAUUCAUCAUGGGUUGAGUGUGACAACCCUGAUGGUAAUCAUCUUGUUUCGGACAGCUGUCCUCAUGACCAAUAUUCUAUCAAUUACGAUAGAAAUAGUGGACAAGGUGAUGCUUCUUCCGAAAAUCUUGACCAUUUACCACCCGGAAUAGAUCUAUUGGGUGAAGUUGACUCAGACUGUGUGAAUAAAAAGUGCUUAGUUUUGGACUUGGAUGAGACAUUGGUGCAUAGUUCCUUCAAAUAUGUAGAAAACGCAGAUUUUGUUGUUCCCGUGGAAAUCAAUGGCACUAUUCAACAAGUGUAUGUCCGAAAAAGACCGUAUCUUGAUAAGUUUCUUAAAGCUAUUGGACCACUUUUUGAGUGCGUUAUGUUCACAGCAAGUCUUCGCAAGUAUGCUGAUCCUGUUUGUGAUUACAUUGAUGCCUCGUCGUAUUUUCGCCAUCGCUUAUUUCGCGAGGCAUGUGUUGAUCAUCAGUGCAACUUAAUUAAGGAUUUGAGUCGUUUGGGAAGAGAUGUGGAACAAAUAUGCAUCGUUGACAAUUCUCCCAUAUCAUUUUUAUUCCAACCAAGUAAUGCACUCCAAAUCGUUUCAUGGUUCGGUGAUUUAGCUGAUCAAGCUUUAUGUGAGCUGAUACCUUAUCUCACCGGUUUAGCUAGUGCACGCACAGUUGUUGAUUAUCUGAGAGAGUUCAGGCCGCCACAAAAUGCAGCUGUUGCGCAACCAGCCACUCCUACAUGGUUGUUACUAUUUAAUCAUAGUCUUCCUGGUGACAUAAACACUUUAGAAGAUAGUGAAGGUGGAGAACUUGAAGAUGACGAUAUUGCUGUGAAUUAUCACGAAGAAGAUGCUGUUCUGUCACCUCAUUAUUCUUUAAAUCAUAAUCGUUUUUCUUAACUAGUUGUAACAUCUGUCUACUUACACAUUGAUUUCAAUUCAGAGCACUGGAUUGGAAAUUGUCAACGAGUUGUUUACAACUAAACGUACAAUAGUACACAUUUUCUUCUCCAUCAAGAAUUUUUCUUUGUUCCAAACGCUCACAAUUUAAUACACAUUACAGUUUAUAAUGCAUAUGCAUUCCGUGAUUUGAAUGUGCAUUAUGAAAAAAGGCCUUUGCCUUUUUUACGUCUAUUUUUUUACGGCUGUGCAAAAAUGUAGCUUUAAUUAUAUAUAUCUGAAAACUCGUUAAACUUCACUAAAAUUACUCUGUUAAACAUCUCUAUCUUCACUGUGAGUAUUUUUUUACUUUGAUUACUUUGUUUCGAAGUAUGAUAUCACACUCACUCACUGCCUUGUAAAGACUUUCUGCAGAAAUUCUCAUCGUUUGUUUACUAUACAACCAUCUUCUGUCUUGUUUUUAUUUAUUCUUUCUAAGUGAAUUACCAGUCUGAUAAUAAUGCUAUGCAACUAUUGUAAGCUUAAUAAAUAACAUUUGUAAGAUAUAUAUAUAAUCGGAAUGUAGGUGUUUUCAUUGCUCUUCCAAUUAGUUUCGUUAAUUGUUGUAGAUUUGCGUCAAGUCUGUUUGAUUUAAUUAUGAGGUUUCACUCUUGACAAUGUACUAUAUAAUUGAUUCUCCUAUAACAUAUUCUUUUCAUUUUUUCUAAAAGUCUGGAAGAAUGUAAUUUUUUUCGUGGAACUCAGGUCCAUUUGUUUUUGGUUGUAUAAAAAUGUUUUCAUAAACUUGUUUCUUAGUUUCUCUCUUUAGUAUGCUCUUCAUUUGUCCUGUUUCACUGAGUUAUUUAAUUGCUCGUUUUUCAUAUCCACUCUCUAUAUCCACUUUAAUCCUCAUCUUUACUUGUAUUCUCUACCGUAAAAUCUACAGUUUUUGUCACUUGACUUGUUGCUCAAUGUAUACAUCUAUAAUCAGUGUCUUCCUUUAUUUUACUCCAUUAUUAUAAUCCGAUUGUUUUUUUUAAUGCUCCCUCUUUCUUCUUCAUUUACACAUUUCUUCACCGAAGCGCCUUAAGUUCUUGCAUAAAUAUUCUAUAUUCUUUUGAAUCUACAUGAUAUAUUAACGUAUUAUUUAAAUAGGUCAUCUGUAGAGUAAACCAGCUUCGUCCAUACCCAGGUUUGGUUAUUCUUAACUCCAAAUAGUUUAUUACCCAUUCUUUUUUUUACAUUACAUGAGAAUAUAUAUAUAUAGUCUGUGUUCUGUCUUUAUUCUUUUUAUUAUUUAAAAUAUGUAAGCGUUUACUCCGAUUGAUUUAUCAUAGUCUUUCAAUAUCGGACCUAAGUUUCCGAUUGCAACUUGAUUUUUCAGAACAUUUUAGGACAGUCAGCGACUUUUGUACUCAGAAGUCGUCAUUGAAUGAUUAUCCUGGUUUUUCUUCUACUAUUGUUACCUUUUUCACUAUUUGGCUAAAUUACUCGUCAGUUCUAUCUGUUCUUAGCCUACAAGUUUGAAAUAUGUAUUUGUGUGUUUGGUUAUAAAAUGAUAUGAGCUUAUAUACCUCAGUGUACUAGAUUUGCUCAAUAUUUGUUCUGUAUGAAACUUAAUGUUGAAUAGAAUUUGGAUUGUGUAAUGUUUCUGGUUUAUACCAGGUCAUCUAUAAAUAUUCAUUUAUGUGUUAUUGUUGUCGUUCUUAUUUUCCUGUUAAUUAUUAAAAUAGGCAAAUAUUUCCCAUUUCAUAAAUUUAUUAUUUUAAAACCAGCAUGUCUUUUUUCCCUCAAUAUUUUAUGUUUUUAUUAGAUAAUAACUUUAAAUAUAAAAGUAAAAAUAUCAA